AUGGCGCAGCAACAUGAGUGGCUCCGGGAGAAGGUGGGGCAAUUGGAGCAGAAGAUUGAGACGCAGCAAGAGAAGAUAGACAGGGCCAUCAAAGAUGAAGAUUCCCAGAGUCUCAUCAACAGCUAUAAGGAGAUGAUGGCUCGGCUUGUUGAGGAGAAGAAGGACAUCUAUCAGCAAUUGAGCGCCCUGGCCAGCCCAGCAUUGUUGAAUGGCACCUAUCGUCUCCAAGGAGCUGUGGCAGACCUCUACGAUGGCACGAUAAAGACAGGGCAGCACUUCUUCAACGCUGCGGGCAAGCCAAACUGGGUCAUAUUUGACUCGGCCACCGGAGCAGUCCAGGGUACUGUGGUGGGUGCCAUAAAAGCUCGGGCGACAGUGCAAAAGCAGGCAAACGAUGGGGGCUUCGGCUCCGUGGAUGCUCUGCUGAUUGCUGCCUCCAAUGGGACAGGACUGUCCGGGCUGCCUGCAUACACAGACAAGAUACCCAAUUAUCCCUUGGCAAUCCCCUACCAGUCCGGUUAUGUCUUCCUGACUGGUGGCCAGCCGAAUAAAGAAGGCGGCAGGUGA